UUUGCAAGUUAAUGAAAUGGAGAAUGACAAUCAAAGGCCUAAAUUGACUUUUGAGAAGUACACAUGGAGGAUCAACCGCUUCUCUUAUUUCAAACGGAGACUAUAUAGCUCCGACAAAUUUAUACUGGAUGGUUUUCCAUGGUACCUAAUUAGCUUCCCAGUUAGAGGUCCCUUGGAAAUUUAUUUACAAGCUCAUCAUAAGAGUUGUGCAGAUUUACCUGAGGACUGGAAAAGAACUGUAAAUGUAAGUUUUGCUCUAAUUAACCAGGUUAAUGACCAGAAGACUAUAAGAAAAGGAAUGGAAUUUGAGUUUAGUGCAGAUUUCCUUCGUAGUAAAUCUUUUGUAUUUUACAAUGAUUUCAAUCAUAGUAGUGGGUUUAUUGUAAAUGAUACUUGUAUGAUUGAAGUUGGGAUUUUUGUGAUGAAGAAUGUGUACGAGAAUGAACAAUAUCGGACUGUACAUAAGAAUCCUGACACCGAAAAUCCUUUAUUUCAUGAAAUGUUCAUGACAUCAUUUGCAAAUAUAGAUCUAAAUUAUGUUCCAUUAUUAGAAAAAGUAUGUCUACAAUAUCCCUAUCUUCUUGUAAGUCAAGAAAAGAGGAGUUGCCAGUUUACUGAAUGGGCAUUCAUAGCUUUGGGUCGAGUUCUUUAUUUUCUGAACACUAAAAAGGUCAAAGAUAUGAAUGAUGAAGCAUGUAUUCAUCUCAAAAAAUUAUGGGAUGAAGUUAAGAUAUUUGGGUUUGAUUUGAGUUGGUUAGAAUUUGAUGUUAAAUCUGCCAUAAAUUUGAAAAAUUAUAGGGAAAAGACUGCCAAUGUAAGAAAGGCUAAGGCUGCAGUGAUUGAAAGAGAGAUCGAACUUGAAAGGGUAAAAAGAGACUUGGUGAAAGCAGAAGAAGGAUUUGAAAAACGCGAUUUGGAUGACGUAUUAGGAUAUGGAAGAUUAAAGAAUUGACUUUGAUGAAACUUUUUAACAAUGGUUGAAAAACUGAGAUUGUUGGGUGUAUGUAUUUAAGAGAUCAGUUGUUUAUGAUUGAGUUGUUUCUGUUUGUUAUCAUUUUCAUUUUCAUUCAUUUUUUAACUUGUGAAAACAAGUA